AGACUAAAAGCUGUGUGUAUACUUUCUUUGUGCCAGAACACGCAGAGAGCCACUAUGAGACGGACGUUAACAAAGAAAUCUUCACAGUGACAACACAAGUGCUCACGCUUUAUGGAGCUAUUUUUCAGAAACAAACUGGAUUUGUUUGAUUGUAUUUACUUUUAAGGACCUCUACUCUUUGCUAUAUUGUUUUUGAUGUUUUCCAGAAAGUUGGUCUCUUGGGGAUAAGGUGUUGAUGGUUGCUGAUUGUUUUCCUGCAGGCAUUGAUAGUGAUUGUUAGUUGGUGAAGGACUCCUGUCGGAUACAAUCAUGGUGCUCAUUUUGGGUCGGCGUCUGAAUCAUGGCAACUCUGGUGGCGUGCCUGAAUCGCCAGCAAUCAAGCGUAAAAUCUUUGAGAUGGAGUCUAAGACCCUGAGCGAAGUGUUCAACUUCUCUUCCGGUUCCUCUCACUCUGAGAGCGUCCUCCAGGUCUUCAACGAAUUCCGCGACAGCCGCCUCUUCACGGACGUGAUCAUCAGUGUCCAGGGGCGCCAGUUCCCCUGUCACCGUGCCGUGCUGUCGGCCUGUAGCAGCUACUUCCGUGCCAUGUUCUGCAACGACCACAAGGAGAGCCACGAGAUGCUGGUGGAGAUCAACGGCAUCCAGGCGGACGCUAUGGACACGUUCCUGCAGUACGUUUACACCGGACAUGCCUGCAUCACCACACAGAACGUCCAGUUCCUCUUCGAGACCUCCAGCCUCUUCCAGAUCGCCACUCUGCGGGAUGCUUGCGCAAAAUUCCUGGAGGAGCAGCUGGACCCCUGCAACUGCCUCGGUAUCCAGCGCUUCGCAGAUGCCCACUCUCUCAAACAGCUGGCCAGUCGUUGCCGUGCUUUCGCCUUGCUGAAUUUUCCAGAGGUGGCUCAGCAUGAGGAGUUUCUAGACCUCCACAAGGUUGAGCUGGAGGAAUACUUGGCCAGCGACGAACUGUCCAUUGGCAAGGAGGAGGUGGUGUUUGAGGCGGUGAUGCAUUGGGUCUACCACGGCGUGGAGUAUCGCAGGCCCAUGCUGAAAGAUCUGCUGCAACAUGUCCGACUGCCUCUGCUUCACCCCAACUAUUUUGUCCAGACGGUGGAAGGUGAUAAACUGAUCCAGAAUGCUCCAGAAUGUUACCAACUGCUGCAUGAAGCACGUCGCUACCAUGUACUUGGCAAUGAGAUGAUGUCACCACGUACAAGACCUCGCAGGUCCACUGGUUUCUCUGAGGUCAUUGUGGUGGUGGGUGGCUGUGAGCGAGUGGGGGGGUUCAAUCUGCCAUACACAGAAUGUUACGACCCUGUGACGGGAGAGUGGACAUCUCUUGCUAAACACCCCGAGUACACGAAGUCUGAGUAUGCUGUAUGUGCCCUCCGCAACGACAUUCUUGUGUCAGGUGGACGCAUCAACAGCAGUUACGUGUGGAUGUAUAACUCCCAGCUCAACGUCUGGAUCAGAGUGGCCUCUCUUAAUAAGGGGCGCUGGAGACACAAGAUGACCGUCCUACUGGGGAAGGUGUAUGCAGUUGGAGGUUAUGAUGGGCAGUGUUGUCUCAGUAACGUGGAGGUGUAUGACUCCUUCUCCAACCGCUGGACCGAGGUGGCCCCUAUGAAAGAAGCCGUCUACUCUCCGGCGGUCACCAGCUGUGCGGGAAAACUCUUCGUCAUCGGAGGACAACCUGAUGAAAACGGCUGCUCCAAUAAGGUCCAGUGUUAUGACCCAGAGACAGACAGCUGGCAGUUGAGGGCGUGUAUUCCCUUCACCAAACCCAAUAUUUCAGCCGUUUCUCUCAAUAACGUCAUCUACGUGUGCGGGGGCCUCACCAAGUCCAUCUACUGCUACGAUCCUUCACAGGACCACUGGAUGCAUGUGGGCCACUCCUUCAGCAGACAGGAGAGUUGCGGGAUAUCAAUUUGUAACGGAAAGAUCUACAUCCUGGGUGGACGGGGAGAACAUGGGGACGCAUCUGACAACAUUGUGUGCUAUGACCCGGCCUCUGGCAUCAUCACAUCCACGGCUGCUAUGCCUCGUCCUAUCUCCUACCAUGGCUGUGUUACCAUACACCGUUUCAGUGAGAAACAACGCAAAGCCUGAUAGCAUCCACUAACGCACAUGCGAACUCCCGAACAUGGCCUCGUCUGAACAUGCAUAACCAGAUGUGCUCUUUUCAUCAUGCCAAAG